AUGGUUGUGGCCGAGCUCCUACGUUGGAGAGCCCCGAUGGCCUUGAUCCUGAUUGUUCUGCUCUUGGGAUUCAAUCCGCUUCUGGAGCAAAGGGAGGACAAUGAUUAUGUGGAGAUCUUUGCAGGGGCUGGAGAAAUCAGUGGCCGACUUCGUCAGGAUGGAGCUGGUGGCUCCGCUAUGGAUUUGCUUUGGAAUCCCAUGGUCUUCGAUCUGACUACGGAUGUUGGCUUUUCCUUGGCGCUCAAUGAGGUCCGGAGAUUAAGGCCUGGAGGGGUCUGCGUCAUUGCCCUGUGUUGCUCCUCAUUCAGUUCCAUGUGGCUUGCCUGUCAUUUCUUGCGUGUCUAA